GGAGAGAGUGGAGGCGUGGAGGUCGACCUGACAGGCCGCCGUCUGCUUCAACAUGGAUCCAGAGAGCAACGACUCGGGAGUCUGCGGCUGCUGUGGGCCCCUGAGGCCCCGAUACAAACGCCUGGUGGACAACAUCUUCCCCGAGGACCCCAAAGAUGGCCUUAGUAAAUCAGACAUGGAGAAGCUGACGUUCUAUGCUGUUUCGGCGCCGGAGAAACUGGACCGGAUUGGAGCGUUGGCAGAGAGGCUGAGCCGGGAUGUGGUCAGGCAUCGCUACGGGUACGUGGUCAUUGCAAUGGAGGCUCUGGACCAGCUGCUGAUGGCCUGUCACUCCCAGAGCAUCAAACCCUUCGUGGAGAGUUUCCUGCACAUGGUGGCCAAGCUGCUGGAGUCCAGAGAACCGGACCUUCAGGUCUUAGGAACCAACUCGUUUGUGAAGUUUGCCAACAUAGAGGAGGACACUCCUUCCUACCACCGCCGUUAUGACUUCUUCGUGUCCCAGUUCAGUGCCAUGUGUCACUCCACCCAUGAAGAUGUGGACACCAGGAAGAGGAUCCGAGUGGCAGGGAUUAAAGGUCUGCAGGGCGUGGUCAGGAAGACGGUGAACGACGAGCUUCAGGCCAUCAUCUGGGAACCUCAGCACAUGGACAAACUGAUCCCAUCCAUGCUGUUCAACAUGCAGGACAGCGACGACCUGGACAGGGCCGGUCAUCCCAGCACGCCGUCAGGGUCAGGGCAGGACGGCGAGGAAAACCCCGGGGCGCUGGCGGAGAGCUGCUUCAGGGAGCUGCUGGGCCGAGCGGCGUACGGGAACAUGAACAACGCCGUCCGACCUGUCCUGGUUCACCUGGACAACCACCACCUGUGGGACCCAAAUGAGUUCGCCGUGUCCUGCUUCAGGAUCAUCAUGUACUCCAUCCAGGCCCAACACUCCCACCACGUCAUCCAGCAGGUCCUCAACCACCUGGACACCCAUAACCGGAACACCCCGCGGGUCCGGGCCGGUAUCGUCCAGGUCCUCCUGGAGACGGUCGCCAUCGCUGCCAAAGGCUCCGUGGGAAUGAUCCAGGAAUCCAAAAGAACCGACGCGUUCAGCUUUGAAAGUGAAAACACAACUCCGCCCAAUCUGUGGCUCGGUCCGACGGUGCUGGAGGUUUUCAACACUCUGCUCAAACACCUGAGGAUGAGCGUGGACUUUGAACUGGGCGAGACGUCCAGGAGGAACUCUGGAAGCAGCGUUUCAUCCAAUCGAGGCAAAGAGAGUGAAGAGCGAAUCGUCCAGAACGCCAUCAUUCAGACCAUCGGGUUCUUCGGUGGGAACCUCCCUGACUACCAGCGUGCUGAGGUCAUGAUGUUCAUCAUGGGUAAAGUGCCCGUUUAUGGGACCCCGUGCCACACGUUGGACACCGUUAAGAUCGGGCACCAGGGAACCAAGAGGAUCCAGACCAUGCUGCUCAGUUCCCUCAUCAUGGUCACCUCUGGUUUUAAGUCUAAGUCCAUGGCAGCGGCCCUCCCUCCUCCGUUCCUUGACCCUCUCUUCUCCAUCUCUCUGAUGGAGGACAAUGAACUGAGGCAGUUGGUCCUGGAGAUCCUGCACAACAUCAUUGAUCGCCAUGACAACCGGGCCAAGCUGCGCGGGAUCAGAAUCAUCCCAAACGUGGCAGCAUUGAAGAUUAAAAGGGAGAAGAUUUCCAAACAGGACGUGGCCUUCAUGAAGAAGCACGGUCAGCAGCUGUACCGACACAUCUACCUGGGCUGUAAAGAAGACGACAACAGUCAUAAAAACUUUGAGCUGCUCUUCACCACGUUGGCCGUCCUCACCAUCGAACUGGCCAAUGAGGAGGUGGUCAUCGACCUCAUCAGACUGGCCGUCGCUCUGCAGGACAUGGCUCUGGCCAACGAGGAGAACAUGUCCAUGUUCAUCCGAUGUGGCAUCAUGGCGUUGGUGGCGGCGUAUCUCAACUUCCUGAGUCAGAUGAUCGCCAACCCGCCGUUCUGUCAGCACGUCAGUAAGGUGAUCGAGCUGAGGAACAUGGACGCCCCCUACCUCCUCCCAGAACACAUUUUCAGAGACAAGUGUCCGACGCCGGAGUCUCUGGACAAAGACGACCGGCCGCUGUACUUCCAGACCGCCGACAUGGCUGAGUGUUUGGCCGGACCCGGGUACAACGCAGAGAGACUGUCCAUCCCAUACGUCCCCCAGGUCACAGUGCUUUACACAAGUAGAAAAAUCCUCCACAGGUGCAAACAGACGUCCAGAGACCGUCUGACCAGGAGGAAGAGCUUCGUGGACACCAUCUCUCUGCAGGUGGACAUCGUGUCCAACAGCCUUCCGGACAAGUCUCAACUCGCUGAGGAGAUCACAUUCGAGACGUUUUGAAGAAGGCCAUCGGUCAGAUCCGCUUCAACACACGAGCAGAGGAGGGAGAAGCGCCGCCAGGUGAUGGAGAAGUUCCAGAAGGCGCCGUUUGAGGAGAGCGCCCACUGCGAGUCAAAGGCCAACAUGCUCCACGACAGACUGGCUCAGAUCUUUGAACUCACCAUUCGGCCUCCUCCCAGUCCAUCCGGAGUGGUUUCCAUCUCAGCAGGACACGCCCAGCAUCAGUCCGUCCCAGUCUAUGAGAUGAAGUUUCCGGAUCUGUGCGUGUACUGAGCACGCUCACUUCAACAUUGAUGAAUCGGAUCAAUAAACACCACAUUAGUCGCAGAUAGAACCCAUGCAUUCAGUUCGUCCGAUUGACUUGUUAGCAAAUUAAUCUCAGAUCAGUAGAAAGACGAUGUAUUUUAACCUUAAAUCGGAAAAAUCUUAAAUAUACGAGCUUCAAACUGAGCCACGUAAACGCACCAGCUGCUCGAUUCUUCGCAUUUCCAAACUGGUUUUGAACCGACUGGACAGAAGCAAUUUGACGUUUUUGGAACUAACGAAGCGCCGCCGUCGGUGUUUUAUCGCAGUAGUGUCGCAGACGCUUCACACUUUGUGCAAACGCUUUCUAGUCUCCAAUCAAAGCGUCGUGGAAAUCAAUAAAACCACGCGUAGGAUUAAACUUAAAGCUGGUUUUAGCCUCUGGUAGAACAGUAGUUAACAGUUUAAACUAGUCUUACUAGGAUUAGAAUCGCGUUAGUCCAACGGGCUCAUUUCUACAGAGUCCAGUCUUCGUGUAAUUGAUAGAAAUAACAUUUAAAGUAAUCAAAGUACACGUUUGGACCCUAAAUACACAAAGUAUUAAUGUGUAGAUGCUUUUAAUUUGUCGUAUCUGAGGUUGUUUUGAUGUUUGCACGCACGGCCUUUAACAUCAGCUGACUGAUUUGAACGGACGCAGCAGCUUCGUAGAAACUCAGACUCCUUUAGUUUUUGGUUUUA